AUGGAGAGCCUAGAAAGAAACAACGGGGGGAAUGAGAAUCCCAGUGGGAACAUUCUUGAUACCGACAGCUCCAUUACAAUUCUUGACAUUCCAUAUUCUAUAUCCAACGGCACACAACCAAAAGCGACUUCAAAAGAGGUAUGCUGGAGUUUGUUUCCGGAAUGUAUCGACCCUGUGUUUGCAGAUCAUUAUUUUGUCUUUCCACAAGCACUAGAGGAGUUUGUGGGCAGAAUAAAAGACAAGAGGUUUGUCUAUAAGUUUUCUGAAGGCAAGGAUUUAAAGGUAGUUAGAUGCAAGGAUCACGAAACAGUAUAUGCUCUGGAUGUCCUUGACUUUGAAAAAGACGAGGCCGGGGCGUGCAACAAUAAUACUUCUCUUGUGGUGAACAGAAACAGAUACCGAAGUGCGGUAAAGGCAAGGGAAGACAAGGAGUACAGAAAGGCGUUGGAGGAGGGAAAAAGAUACGUCAGAGGGAAGAGCUCAUAUGAAAUCAAGUCAGAAAAAAUCUAUCUUGAGCAAAUUAAGAACGGCAGGAACUUUGUGUUUGUCGACGAUCCUCAAGACCUGCCUGGAGAGCUGAAGGCUAUCAUAAAGCACCUCCAUUCAAGGAGCAUCCAUGUUCCCAAGACGAAGACUUUUUCUGUGGAGCAGAAGACUGAUCACCUUCAGAAUGUCUUGCAGAACAUCCCGGGAAUAGGUAAGAAUGCGGCACGAAGCUUAUCUCUUCACUUCAAAAGCAUCAGCCAGUUGCACUCGUUUCUUAAAGGAGAAAGUAGCGGAUUGUUGAAGGAGCUCAGGGUCUGGGACAUUGAUGGAAAGCAUUCUAGGCCUUUGGGAGAGAAGCAGAGUAAUAGGAUAAGAAAUGCAUUUAUUGGGAGGAAUGGAAACCUUUGA